CUGCCCCCGCCCCCUCGUGCGCCGAGACGUGAGGACGUCGUAGGCUGAGGUGGCCGUAUUCCCGCAGACAUGGAGCUGCCGCAGAUGCCGGAGCUGAUGGGGUUGUCCUUGCUGGUGGGGCUGCUGGCCCUGGUGGCCACGGCGGCGGUGGCGCGGGGCUUGCUGUGGGCGAAGGAGGACAAGGCCAGCCAGCCCGUCUGCCAGAAGGCCAGCGAAUCCAAGAAAUCAGGACCCAAGAAGCAGAAACAGAAUCAGCGGGGUCGCAAGGAGAAGCCUCAGCAGCACAACUUCACCCACCGCCUUCUGGCUGCAGCACUGAAGAGCCACAGUGGGAAUAUAUCUUGCAUGGACUUCAGCAGCAAUGGCAAGUAUCUGGCCACCUGUGCGGAUGACCGCACAGUCCGCAUCUGGAGCACCAAGGAUUUCCUUCAGCGGGAGCACCGCAGCAUGAGAGCCAACGUGGAGCUGGACCAUGCCACCUUGGUGCGCUUCAGCCCUGACUGCAGAGCCUUUCUUGUUUGGCUGGCCAAUGGAGACACCCUCCGUGUCUUUAAGAUGACCAAGCGAGAAGAUGGGGGUUAUACUUUCACAGCCACCCCAGAGGACUUCCCUAAAAAGCACAAGGCACCCAUCAUCAACAUUGGCAUUGCUGACACAGGGAAGUUCAUCAUGACGGCCUCCAGUGACACGACUGUCCUCAUCUGGAACCUGAAAGGUCAGGUGCUAUACACAAUCAACACCAACCAGAUGAACAACAAUUAUGCUGUUAUCUCCCCAUGUAGCAGGUUUGUGGGUUCGUGUGGCUUCACCCCAGAUGUGAAGAUCUGGGAAGUCUGCUUUGGGAAGAAGGGGGAGUUCCAGGAGGUGCUGCGAGCCUUUGAACUGAAGGGCCACUCUGCAUCUGUCCACUGUUUCGCUUUCUCCAACGACUCUCGGAGGAUGGCCUCUGUCUCCAAGGAUGGCACAUGGAAGCUGUGGGACACAGAUGUGGAAUACAAGAAGCAGCAGGACCCCUACUUGCUAAGGACAGGCCGCUUUGAAGAGGCGGCCACCAUGCCUUGCCACCUGGCACUCUCCCCUGACACCCAUGUCCUGGCCUUGGCCACUGGCACCAGUAUUCAUCUCUUCAACACCAGGCGUGGGGAGAAGGAAGAGUGCUUCGAGAGUGUCCACGGGGAGUCUAUUGCUGACCUGACUUUUGACAUCACUGGCCGCUUCCUGGCCUCCUGUGGGGACCGUGUGGUGCGGCUCUUCCACAACACUCCUGGCUACCGGGCUGUGGUGGAGGAGAUGCAGGGCCUCCUGAAGCGGGCAUCCAGUGAGAGUACCCGCCAGAGGCUGCAGCAACAGCUGACCCAGGCCCAAGAGGCCCUAAAGAACCUGGGUGCCCUGAAGAAGUGACUCUGGCUCUGGAUGGGUCUGGCUGCUGGCCCAGUGACUGCUGUUCUCCAAGUGCCCCUGGGGGAACUUCCCAAUUUUCUUUUUGGUGGCCCAAACUUUUUCCCAUUGAAACUUUUCUUGUAUACUUAGAUAUCGCUCUCUCUCUCUCUCUUCUUGUUUGCCUCUUCCCAGACUAAAAGGUGCUGUUUUUUUUAUAGGCCCAAGGGGUGGAAUCUAUUGUCACCCAGCACUGAGAAGAGAGGUAGAGAGAAGAGAGACAGUGAGAGCAAAGCCUUUGACUGUGUGACGAAAGACCCUAAUACCCAAAGAAGUUUGUGAGUGUAGAGGUAAAACCUGAGGGUCACCAGGGGACAGUUUGCUGUUUUAUAAGGGUAUAGAAUGUGUUUUAUAAUGCUGCAAGGUGACUCUCCAUCUGGCCCAGGCUCCUGAUACCAGCAAGAAGUAAUUAAGGAUUGGUCUGUUAUCUCAGCACUCUAUAAAGGAAAGAGGAUCAGGGGUUCAAGGCCAGCUUGGACUACAUAGUGAAUUCCAGGUCCUCCUGGGCUCCAUAUGGCGAAAGACCUUGACUUUUUUUUUUUUUUUUUU